AUGGCAAAGAAGCGAAAAGCCGCAUCCCAAGCCACCCCAGAGGACGAGGCCUUGGAUUUUGAGGAUGAUGGUGAUGGCCAGGAAGAGGCAGAGGAUGAGGAGGAGAUUGUUGACGCAGAAGCAGAGGACGAUGGGGAGGGUGAUGAAGAAGAAGAAGCUCCCAAGAUGAUUUGGAGGCCCGGCAUCGAUGCCUUGGAAGAUGGCGAACAGUUGGAUGUGGAGCCGGGGACCUAUGACAUGUUACACCGAGCACAGGUUGAGUGGCCGUGUUUGUCCGUGGAUGUGAUCCGCGAUGACCUUGGAGCGCAACGCUCCACUUUCCCCAUGACAGCAUAUGUUGUCGCGGGAUCGCAGGCUUCCCGGACUGAGGACAAUCGGCUUUACGUCAUGAAAUGGCAUAAACUCUACAAGACGUCGAAAGAUGGCCGAGAGGAUGAGGAGGAUGAGGAAGAAAGCGACAGUGAGGACAGCGAGGACGAACAUGAAGCAGCAUUGGAGUCUAAGGCGACCCCACACCCUGGUGGUGUGAACCGGGUCCGCGCCAUGCCACAAGCCGGCCACAUUGUGGCCACCUGGGCCGACACGGGCAAGGUGCACAUGUGGAACCUGGACGCUCAGCGAAAAGCCUUGAACAAAGGGGACCGGGCUGCACCACAGGCGAAGCCGAUCUUCACAUGUGAGUCCCACAAAGAUGAGGGCUUUGCUCUGGACUUCAGCCCCAACGAGGCAGGUCGUUUUCUGUCAGGCAGCAAUGAUUCCCAGGUGUUGCUUUGGGGACCAGUACCUGGAGGUUGGACAGUCGAGUCCCAGCAGCCCUUCAAGGGGCACAAAUCCUCAGUGGAGGAUGUCCAGUGGAAGAAGUUGGGAAACAGUUUUCAGUCCACUUUCGCAUCUUGCAGCUCUGACGGAAGCUUCAAAGUGUGGGACAUCAGAGAGAAGGAUCGGAAAAAGCCAGCCAUCAAUGUGCCAGAUGCUCAUGGUGGCUCGGACGUCAAUGUCCUCAGCUGGAGUCCGAUCGUUGGCGAGCUCAUUGUGACAGGUGUCAUUCACAGUUCACCUGCCAACUCCUUGCCGGAUCGGAUCCCAAAGGAAUCCGCAAGUCCUUCGCGUCACCUGUCCCUGGGGCAGCUGCAGACCGAACUGGCGAGUGUUCAAGAGCUGUGCAACGAGUUGCGUGCAGAGAUCGAUGCACGCUGGCGCUUGGAGCCGGCCAAAAAUGGCAAGGGCAGAGGCAAAAAACGUGUGAAAGUUGUGAUAGCACAGUCCUUUGUUGAAGAUCACACCCUUCAGGUGCUUGGUGCUCAAAAUGGAGAAGAUCUGAAGAGGAUCUUGCAGCAGCAUCAGGAGCGGGUUCCAACAGCCCAAGGUGUGCAACGACAGCUCCAAGAAGAGCUCCAGCAUGCGGCAGGUGAUGCGCGGCAGCUUGCCUUGGGACUGCCGCAGUUGGACCAGCGAGUCAGCGAGCUGAAAAGACAGCAGCUGGGCGUGGGAGUCCGUGGGAGAGUUGCGUGUGAGAAAUCAACAGGGCGACUUGGAGAUCUCAGAGCUGAUCAGUUGGCCCUGCAUCUUGAAGCCAGUGACCUCGAAGGUGACUCAGCGCUUGCGGCAAGAGAUCCCACAAUACAAUGGCAAUCACAGGUCUUGCAGCUGGAACAGUUGCUGGCACAGCAACGGGAGAAUCUGAAGGGUCUGCUGGAAGCCCAGCAGUUGGCGCAGCACUUGGAGCUGCAACCUCCAGCGCUGCUCGCAGCUCUUCGCGCCUCGCCGAGGCACUGGGGCAGGACGUGA